GUGGGAACAAGCCGUUUCAUUCCAGUCUCGACCGACCUAGUCCAGUACCUUCUGCGCCGAGCUUACUCAUGAGUCGGAGUUGGUUCAACAAGCUGUCCAGAAGCACUCGAAUUGCCGGUUCCUGAGUGAACACCGAUCCAAUAGCACACAACCGUGACGACGGCGCACGUCCGACCGUGAACGAGUAACCGACCAUCAUCAUCACCAUAAACACCAUCACCACGCUUCCUCCCCAACACCUACGACCGACCUCGUCCUCGCCUGCACGCCGAUGCGGCGACAUCCCGGAGUGCAACAGACAGGCGGUGGUGAUGAAGCUGUGAUCAUUGCGAUCUUGGAACUUGCUCCACCCGCCCCGCAGCCGUCCUAGACAGCAGACGGACACUGGUCACUACAGUACUACACUAUAUACAGCGAGCAACUGGUGCGCGACAACCUCGCGCGUAGCUGUUCGCCGGACGUGGCAAGCACACCUCACCGGGCCCCAAGAUGGCAAAGAAUGGGGCAGGCAACGCGCAGGCUGGUUCGAUCCUGCUCGUGGUGCAUGAUUUCCAGGCGAGAAGCCCCGACGAACUCAGCCUGGCCAAGGGUGAUCGUAUCGAACUGAUAGAAAGGGACGACGAUUUCGGCGACGGAUGGUUCCUAGGAAAGCAUCUCACCAACGGCACCAGCGGCCUCUUUCCUGAAGUAUAUACCACUCCGGCCCCCAAGGGCACUCUAAGCAACAGCACCCACAAGCGGGGCAUCAGUGAUGCAGCUUCAGUCCUUACCGCGCAAUCUGCGACCGGGAGUGGCACUAUGCCUGCGACUGUUUCCGGAAAGCGAGAUGCCUCAGCAACGCAAUCUCUCGGGCCUCCAGCCAGCAGUGCGCAGACUCCGUCGCUGUCAACGGCUCUCCGAACAUCUUUACCAUCCAGUAGCAGCGCAACCGGCGGCCGAAGCUUCACCAUAACCUCUGAUUCGCCCGUUAUGAGCGAGACCUUGUCUGUAAUUGACGAGCACAUUACACAUAUGAAAUCGCCGCGCGCGUCAUAUGCUAAUGGCAACAAACGGGACACUUUGGGCAGUGUCUACUCGGCGCAACAACAAUACCGGCGAUCAUACAUUGCUGGCACAGAGACUGAUGAAGAGGAGCACCAACUGCACACGGAGGAGGAGGUCAUGUCCUGGGGGCCAGACCGUGUGGCAGAGUAUCUUGAGGAUAAUGGCGUGGAGAAGUCGCACUGCAAUGUCUUUCGAGACCAAGAAAUCAGUGGCGAGGUCUUGCUCGCAAUGGACCAAAACAGCUUGUUCAUCAAGGAGUUUGAAUUGGGGGCUAUUGGUCGGAGGUUGCGUACAUGGCAUAAGAUCAAAGCGUUGCAAGACGAAACGAAGCGGAGUGUGAUGCCAGAGAUUGAGCGAGAUCGAAGCAAUUCUGAGUACUCUUUCGGUGCAGACGCCGGAGAGGGCGCCACCGAUGCCUCAACUGUGGCCAGGAACCGCGGCUCGACAAUCAGCGGACCGGCUCUACCUCGAGGUCUUAGUACAUCCAAGCGGAACAGCGGUGACGAACCGGCGACUCGCAGUACGACUCUGCCCGAGCAACAGAUGCCAUAUGUGCCGGGCGGCACCAGACGUGUGAGCGCUGGCAUGUCGCCUCUGCAGGCCAUCACAUCUGCGCCGAGAGAGACUACCCAGCGCCCAUCAGCGCAAGGCAUUCGCAACUUGAACCAUUCUAGGCGGCACUCAAGUAUCGACUCCACCGUCACGGACGGCGCAACUCGCACUGGCCAUCGGAAGAAGCCCUCACUCGACCAAAGAUGGGAACCUGGGCAGCAUGCCAACGGACACAAGCACAAUGCCAGCACUGAUUCGCAUUUUCCGGACGCCAAAUCGAGCGUCCUGUCACCUGCUUCGCCCGAGGACCUCGAUCGUGGCUACUUCUCGUCGAAUGAAGCUGACACGAGGUCACGUAUAUCAACGGUCUCAAAGCGAAACUCGACCUCCAUCAGUCAUUCUAGUGCAAUCGGCCCCAUUCAAGAGUGGCCCAGUAGCUCCCAAUACAUGGGUCCGGAAGUGCUUAGCUCGCCUGGACCAUCCUAUUACCACUCCAAUGCGAUGAACGCAAUCAACAGCAAGUUUGGGAGUCAUCGAUCAGCCACCGCGCCCGCGAGCAAACUCGGCCCCAUGCAUCCCAUCGUGACGAAACUAGAUCAUGAAAGCGGCCAGUCGCUGGAUGCGAUUGCUGCGAGCCCUACGAAGGUCGAUGAUAAUGGCAGCACAGCCUCGAGUGACAAAGUUGCUUCUGACAAACCAAGUCCACGGGUCAACUUGAGCAUGUUUUCUUCUGCGAAAGCCAAGAUGACAGGACUGCGAUCGAUUAGUGAUGCUGUCACCAAGGAUGAAAAGAGAUCACCGACGAAGACCGAUCCUUCGUUGAAGUCGCCCACCAGAACAGGCUCUUCGACGCCAAGCACCGAAGGGAAGAGUUUCGAUCUCACCAAGUCGGACGUCUAUUCACGCGCAUCAACAGGAUCAGCUGGCAACUUGAUGCCUCCUCCCCCCGUGAAAAGACCGCGCGCAAGAACGAAGACCAAGAAAGCUACAUCUGCUUACACCAACGGGCUGACGCAGAUAACGCCAACAGAGGCCAUGAUUUCAUGCGACUAUUCCGGCUGGAUGAAGAAGAAAAGCGGCUCCCUAAUGACGACCUGGAAGACCCGCUUAUUUGUUCUGAAGGGCUGCCGAUUGGCCUAUUACUACUCGGACGAGGACACGGAAGAGAAAGGACUGAUAGAUAUAGCAUUUCACAGAGUGCUUCCUGCUCACAAUGAGACGCUUACCGGCUUGCACGCGACUAUGACAGGGGCGAGUAAUGGCCCUACCAGUCCUAUGCACGGCUCAACUCCGACACUGGCGCAGCAGGAUCUGCGAGACCACCCGCCUCAGAAAGGCGAGGAAGGGGAGGGCAUGUUUAUCUUCAAGCUCGUUCCGCCCAAGGCUGGACUGUCGAAAGGUGUCAAUUUCACGAAACCUGCGGUGCACUACUUCGCUGUGAAUUCUCGGCAAGAAGGCCGACUAUGGAUGGCCGCACUCAUGAAAGCCACUAUCGAUCGGGACGAUACUGGCGUUGUCACGACCACCUACAACCAGAAGACUAUUUCAUUGCAGAAAGCACGAGCGCGCCGCGAACGGCCGCCGGCGCUGAAAGAAGACACCGAUAUCAUUGACAUCAGUGUGGGAGGCAUAGCUGGUCCAAAUGCAGCUGAUGACGCCAACGAGAGUGGACUCGGUAUAGGUGGUCUGGCCGAUGGAGACUCCACUACGGGCGGAGUCCAAGAAGAAGGCAGCAUGCUUGAUGCGAACUCCAUCGCACCUAGCACGAUAGCUGCUACUGAGAGCGAGUACAAUGAAUCUGUACUGGAACCUGUUACACUGCAUGCUUAGGCUGACACACCAUGCAAGACCUGUAUGGCAAGUUAUUGUUAACCUUGUUCAGCGAAGCGAAGGCGUUCCGACAUGGCGCGCCGGGGCAUACUUUGCACGACUUCAAUGUUUUGGAUGGGGGUAUACUGGGAAUUGUUGAUACCCUUGCUGCACAAAUCUCGAAAUGUCUCCACAUUCAUUACUUAUAAGCGGUAGCGCCGAAUCACGAUUCCAGAAUCCCUUCUCAUGCAUCCUCCCUGAUAGAAAGAUGGCCCUGCUUGAUACUGGUCAGUCUACUCCUGCAACACAUGCGGGCAAUUGGACAUACAAAAAGUCAAGAGCACAUCUCAGACAGGCUCAUUGUGAAGUCGCUGUGAUCGCAGUGCUUGGCGGACCCGAUGAAGUCGAUGCCGCUGAUGUGUUGGUUGCCGAUGAGUGUGUUGUAGGCUGUUGAGGUGUGAAGAGCGGAGGAAGUGUUGCACC